AGACGGCAUCAACCUCUGCAAUGGCAGUCGCCCAAUGUGCGCCAACUGUCGCGAUACAGAGAGCUUAAAACAUUAUAACGCAACAGGAGACAAGUACGAAACCGACUUCGACUGUGGCUGGGAGAAUGGUUUGAUCUGUGCUACACAUACCAACGGGAAGACCUGCAAAGACUACGAGGUUAAAUUCAAGUGUCCAACCAUAGGCACCUGUCCUGAAUGUGCAAAGUGGACUCCCUGGUUGAACAGGGAACACGGCGGUUUGCAAGACAGGGAACUCGUGGGACCAGAGGGACAUAACCCGUGUUCUGAUCAUGAGCCAUUAGACAUCCAAUGUCGCGUCAGAGGAACCAAUCAGCCAUGGGAUCAGGCGGGCCAGAAGAUCAGAGUGAAGUGCACGCCCUCUGAAGGAUUCGCCUGCGACAUCGCCGACCAGCAGAUUGAGCAGAAUUGCUACGAUUACGAAGUUCGAUUUCUGUGUCCGUAACAUGUCCCACUAACAUUAUAUCCCCUCAGCAUCCAGCAGACGAGGAAGGGAAACAGACAAUUCCGAAUUGAACGACACACAACGGAACUUCAAAAAUAGUACAUCGUAUACAUGUAAAGAGAUCUGCUUCAUGGUAUUCACCUUGAACGUUUUGUUGACUGGCUAUAUUCUUUGAUUUAAAUUAAGGAUCAGUUGCCAUUUUGAAAACUGUUGCAAUUUAAAGCAAUGAAAUUUACGUAUGUAUGUAAAUGGAAGCGCGAUAAAAUGAACUUCAUUGGUCAAAUCUUUGUGUGCUGUAUGUACAUCUCAAAACAUAUAAAAGUGGGCUCCAUUAUUGUUGUGAUAUUACAAUGUAUACCUGGUUUUCUAUUACACCAAAAAUUAUUAAAGGCAUACACUGUGCGCGUUUUUAAAAUUCCCAUAGUCAUAUUUUCUACGUCUAUAUGUCCUGCAAAACUAGUUGUCUUCCACAAUUCCGUCCUUGAAAACUAGACUUGAAGACUACUCAAAUCAAAGUACGUAAGGUAAAAAAAAUCCAUCAAAAUUGUACAGAAAACAUGGCGUUCUAAAUGAAUGGCAAGUUAUAUAGAAAAACAUCGUUAGAUUAAAAAUAGAAUUAUCAAAUUUAAAUGCAGGGACGGGCCCACUAAUAU